UGUCGAGGUGUACAAAUCAGCACACAACAAAUCACACAGAUUGUGUUGCUAACUCAAUUUUGACUUUAAUGUUAAAUAGUCAACAAUUAAGAUUUAAUUACUAAUUACACUAAUUAAAACUCUUGACUUGUUAACCAUGUCGGGUGGCAAUGCUGCUGGUGGGGGUGAAAAUGUGGGCGUGGGGGAAGGAGGUGUCAUCCCAGAAAUCUACUUGGAUUACAUGAAACAAGUAUUGACUCCUUAUCUCGUCGCGGAAAAGUGUUUCGAACGGUUUUUUGUGAACUUUGACUUCUUUGAUGAGGAUUGCUUCAAGUACACCCUGAGCAAGGGACUCGGUCUUGGAAUUAUUCUUGGAUCAUUGAUGGUAAAGAUUCCCCAAAUUCUAAAAAUUUUUGGAGGAAAAAGUGCAGCUGGGAUCACCUUUAUCAGCGUUGUUUUGGAAUUGUUUGCAAUUACGUCAAACUUGUCGUAUUCAUUUGUUAGCGGCUACCCGUUCAGUGCAUGGGGGGAGGCAUGUUUUCUGGCAGUACAAACCGCAAUUGUGGCAAUGCUCGUCCUCUGGUACAAUCAUGGAAGCGCUUUAUUGCCACUCAGCUUCCUGGUGGCAUAUUCCGCCUCAGUUUACGGUCUUGUUUCCGGAUUGACCCCAAUUGACACUUUGAGGUCCAUGCAAGCUGCGACAAUUCCGGUCAUCGUUGUUAGCAAGUUGAUUCAAGCCGUUACAAAUUACAAGAACCAAUCAACCGGUCAACUUUCUGCCAUCACGAUAUUUAUGCUGCUGGGAGGAUCUGUAGCCCGAAUUUUCACCUCUAUCCAAGAAACUGGGGACCGAACCAUAAUUUUGACCUAUCUCGCAGCAACCGGAGUAAAUCUAAUGAUCGCUUUGCAAAUGGUGUGGUAUUGGAACAGCCCUGCAAACAAGAGGAUAAAAUCUUCCGCCAGUGCAAAGAAAUCUUCUGGGAGUGGCAAGGCAGGUGGGAGUUCUGGUGGUGGGGGUAAGGCUUCGCCAAAGGGAAAGCAGGCUGCUAACAAUGGACCUUCGACAAGUCCAACAAAAAAAGGUGGAAGGAAGGCUAAAAAGGAUGUUUAAAGAUUUUGUUUCAUCAGAUACAUAAGUUGCUUUAUGUUAAAUAUGUAUUUGGUUACCCUAAUCUUAGCCAAGUGAUUUUUCAGUUUUUCACUCAAUUUCAAUUAAAGACAAAAGCAGAUAAUAAUAAUAUUUUAGUGGGAUGAUAAAGACGAUAUCCUGUUAUCGAUGACAAUUCUUCUCAAGUAAAUUCUUUGAUAUGGUUUUAAAUAAGAAAUCAAUCCACAAAUACUUAAAUACUCGUAAUCCCCAACUAACCAAACCAAAAAAUAGUACCAAACUAAAACUUCUAACAAAAUAUCCUGCCAUUUCAAUUCUUUGACUUAUCAUUCUCCUCAGUUUAGUCACUAAUUACUGUCAUUAUUGUGUUAUAAUAAUUUAUUGAGCAUUUGACAAUUCAGUGUCUCCGUAGUUUUAUACAGAUCAAAACUACUACCUUGUUUGUUGAGUUCUUUGUUUUUUGUUUGUGCAAUUAGUCCUGCUGUUAAGUUAUGUAUUCUACAUGAAUAGAAAAAAAUUGUUAGUUUGUUUAGAAUUAAUCUAUUCAAUCCUUCCCCAGACCACAGAGUCGUGUGCAUAAUGAUAACUUAGCUCCGUCCCAUGUUAUGGUUGUAUGGUAGAAGACUUCAUAAUGAUAAUUACUGUUACACUUCUUGUUAAACCUACAAAACCAAACUAUGACUUGACGUCUUGUCCUGUCCUGUCCUUGUUGUCGUCGUACUUAAUUAGAAUGUGAUCAUGUUUUAUAAUCAUGUGCACCAUUGUUAUUAAUUACUGUAUGUAAAUACACGAGAUGACGUAAUUUACCCUGUUAUCAUAAUUUUUAACAUAAUAGACCGAGCUUUAGUUUACCACACACAAACAAACAAUAAUGAAAUGACAAUAUUAUCAGUCAGUCACAAAGUGAUAUGAUAUCAUCACUUUAAAAAAAGUGUGUCUUGCUACACACCAUUCCAUUCAUAUUGUUGUUACAUAAAAGAUAAAACCAACCAAAUCAUUAAGCUGCAGUCAGUCAAAUUCUGGAAUUUAAUAAUAAAAUAUCAUUAAAUCUAA